AAAUUCUAUUUUUGGAAGCUACGUGACUACCUUGUCUAUAUUAAGCAGCAGUCGACGUGCUGAGCUCAGUUUUCGACUGACCAAUCUUGUGCUCGCGUAGGAUCACGUGAUUGACAGAGCAAUGUUUUUACUUGUGGUCUUGACCAGUCUGCUGUGCACUGCCUUCGCUCAGCUCCAUAAUGAGUGUCAUAGCAACGCACAACUACUGAGAGAAGAAGAGGUUGUAGCUUUGGUGGCGGACAUUAUAGACCGCAACCAAGACAACAUUAUCACUGUUGGCGAAAUCGUGGUGGGAUUCGGCGAAAUCCUGGACUACCGGUUCCAGACCUCAGAAGCAUUGAUAGAACACAUGACACUCGAGCAACUGAUUGCCCUGGCUGCCCAGUAUGGCAUCAUCAUCGACAAGGAGCAUUUCGUGCAGAAGUGGCAUGAGAGGUUCGGGGACUCGCAAGCCUUCAUCAGGGCCACCUUCUCGGCCUACGAUAACAACAAGGACGACAAGCUGAGCAUACUGGAGCUGGAGGGCAUCGUCUUGCAUGCUCUCAUGACUGUGGAUAAUGGCGACCGCAUCCUGAGUGCGAAGGAGUUCCGCGAUUAUCUGCUCUACGUCUACAAGAACUGCUAAUCUCAUGGUGAAGAAAAGAUGUUUGCUGGUGUAUCGGCAAAUCUGAAGGAAACGAGCUCUCGACAAAAACACAAAGAAGAGUCUUUAUAUCAACACAAGAGAAAGAAAAGAAAAUUGGGUUCAAGACUGACCUUUACAUGUUUGACACCCAUCUAAAUAUCUUGUGUCAAGAAGUAAGAAGAAGUAUUUUGGGGAUAAUUUAAAUGUAGAAACGAAAUAAAAACGUGCUUUGGGCCAAA